AUGGCGACUAUGGACAAAGUCUUCUCAGGAUACAAAGCACGCAAGGCCCUUCUAGAAAAGAGCGACAACCCAUUUGCCGCUGGAAUCGCCUACAUUGAGGGAGACUUCGUCGCACUAGCUAAGGCGCGCAUUCCUCUACUGGAUGAAGGGUUCAUGCACAGUGAUUUAACAUACGAUGUGCCGGCGGUCUGGGACGGGCGCUUCUUCCGCCUCGACGAUCAUAUCAGUCGGCUAGAGGCCAGUUGCAAUAAGAUGCGACUCAAGAUGCCAUUCUCUAUAGGGGAAGUGAAGCGGAUCCUACUGGAGAUGUUGGUUAGGAGCGGUAUCCGUGACGCUUUCGUGGAACUUAUUGUCACCCGAGGGCUCAAAGGCGUUCGUGGCAAUAAGCCCGAGGAUCUUCUCAAUAAUACCCUCUACUUGAUCGUGAUGCCAUACGUAUGGGUCAUGCCGCCCGCCAUGCAAUAUACUGGAGGCAGUGCUAUUAUUGCUCGCACCGUGCGGCGAACUCCUCCUGGUGCUUUCGACCCAACCAUCAAGAAUUUGCAAUGGGGAGACUUGACACGGGGCUUGUUUGAGGCAGCAGAUCGCGGCGCAGAUUAUCCAUUUCUUACCGAUGGUGACACCAAUCUUACCGAAGGAUCUGGGUUCAAUAUAUGUUUCGUCAAAGGCGGGGCCAUCUACACUGCUGACCGUGGUGUCCUGGAAGGCGUGACACGGCAAAGUGUCUUCGACAUUGCGCGCGCCGGCGGGAUUGAGAUCCGCCUUGAGGUCGUGCCGCUCGAGCUAGCCUAUCGUUCGGACGAGAUAUUUAUGUGCACCACGGCCGGCGGUAUCAUGCCAAUUACAUGCCUCGAUGGUGAAACAGUCAAGGAUGGCCGGGUUGGCCCUAUCACUAGAAAGAUCUGGGACGGUUAUUGGGCCAUGCACUACGACCCAAAGUACAGCUUCGAGAUCGAUUAUAACAGUCGUCCAGGGCAGUAA